CCGGUCCCCGCCGCCGGACGCUUUUCCCCGGCCGCCUCGGACCAUGACAUGAGCGGCCCGUCGGACCCGUCGCCGCCCCCGGGCCGCAUCACCUGAGGCGCCGCCCGGCCAGCAUGGCAUCCGAAGAAGCCUCCCUUCGGGCGUUGGAAAGUCUCAUGACAGAGUUUUUCCACAAUUGCACAACCAAUGAACGGAAACGUGAGAUAGAGGAGCUUUUAAAUAACUUUGCCCAGCAGAUAGGGGCGUGGAGAUUCUGCCUCUAUUUUCUGUCUAGCACACGGAAUGACUAUGUGAUGAUGUACAGUUUAACGGUUUUCGAGAAUUUGAUCAAUAAGAUGUGGCUUGGGGUCCCAACUCAGGAUAAGAUGGAAAUCCGCAGUUGCCUACCUAAACUCCUUCUGGCCCACCACAAAACCUUACCCUAUUUUAUCCGGAACAAACUCUGCAAAGUUAUCGUUGACAUCGGUCGUCAAGAUUGGCCCAUGUUCUACCAUGACUUUUUCACAAAUAUUUUACAGUUGAUUCAGUCCCCCGUGACCACCCCCCUUGGGCUGAUCAUGCUGAAAACUACGUCGGAGGAGCUGGCGUGUCCCCGCGAGGACCUCAGCGUGGCCCGGAAGGAGGAGUUACGGAAACUGCUGCUGGACCAGGUACAGACUGUACUUGGACUUCUCACAGGUAUUUUGGAGACCAUCUGGGACAAACACAGCGUUACUGCUGCCACUCCACCACCAUCCCCAACCUCAGGAGAAAGUGGUGACCUUUUAAGUAACCUGUUGCAGAGUCCCAGUGCGGCCAAACUUUUGAAUCAGCCAAUCCCUAUCCUUGAUUCCGAGAGUGAGUAUAUCUGUUCCCUGGCCCUGGAGUGCCUGGCCCAUCUCUUCAGCUGGAUUCCUCUGUCUACCAGCAUCACCCCUUCCCUCCUCACCACGAUAUUCCACUUUGCCCGCUUCGGCUGUGACAUCCGAGCCAGAAAGAUGGCAUCCGUCAACGGCAGCAGUCAGAACUGUGUCCUGGGUCAGGAGCGCGGCAAGCUUGGGGUCCUGGCCAUGUCGUGCAUCAAUGAACUUAUGUCCAAGAAUUGCGUGCCUAUGGAGUUUGAAGAAUAUUUGCUGCGCAUGUUCCAGCAGACUUUCUACCUCCUGCAGAAAAUCACCAGGGAUAACAACGCUCACACGGUGAAGAGCCGAUUAGAGGAGCUAGAUGAAAGCUACAUCGAGAAGUUUACUGAUUUUCUGCGUCUCUUUGUGAGCGUCCAUUUGAGGAGGAUUGAGUCCUACUCUCAGUUUCCUGUAGUAGAGUUUUUGACACUGUUGUUCAAAUACACAUUUCAUCAGCCUACCCAUGAAGGUUACUUCUCCUGCUUGGAUAUCUGGACCCUCUUCUUGGACUACCUGACUAGUAAAAUCAAGAGUCGCCUGGCGGACAGAGAAGCAGUACUCAAUAGGUACGAAGAUGCCCUGGUCCUGCUGCUGACCGAAGUGUUGAAUCGGAUACAGUUCAGGUACAACCAGGCACAGUUGGAGGAGCUGGACGAUGAGACCCUAGAUGACGAUCAGCAAACUGAAUGGCAGCGGUACUUACGCCAGAGUUUGGAAGUAGUGGCCAAGGUUAUGGAACUCCUUCCGACCCACGCUUUCUCUACACUGUUCCCAGUUCUGCAGGACAAUUUAGAAGUUUACCUGGGACUACAGCAGUUCGUAGUCACAUCAGGGACAGGCCAUAGGUUGAAUAUCACAGCCGAGAAUGACUGCCGACGUUUGCACUGCUCCCUGAGAGACCUCAGCUCCCUCCUGCAGGCCGUCGGCCGUCUGGCCGAGUAUUUUAUUGGAGACGUGUUCGCCGCCAGGUUCAGCGACGCCCUUACGGUGGUGGAGAGGUUAGUCAAAGUAACCCUGUAUGGGUCUCAGAUCAAACUGUACAACAUUGAAACUGCUGUGCCAUCAGUAUUGAAACCUGACCUCAUUGAUGUCCAUGCUCAGUCCCUGGCAGCGCUCCAGGCCUACUCUCACUGGUUAGCCCAGUUUUACAGUGAAGCUCACCGGCAGAAUCCACAACAGUUCAUCUCUUUGGUGUCCACUGCCAUGGAAGCAAUUGCGCCUCUGAUUAGCUCCAAGGUCCAAGAGAAGUUGCUGUUGUCUGCGUGCCAUUUGCUGGUCUCCUUAGCUACCACAGUGCGGCCAGUGUUUCUGAUCAGCAUUCCCGCUGUUCAGAAAGUGUUCAACAGGAUCACGGAUACCUCGGCCCAGCGACUUCUAGAUAAGGCCCAAGUGUUGGUGUGCAGAGCCCUCUCCAAUGUGCUGCUGUUGCCGUGGCCAAAUCUCCCAGAGAGCGAGCAGCAGUGGGCAGUUCGUUCGACCAACCACGCGAGCCUGAUCUCGACCCUCACCAGGGACUAUCGCAAUUUGAAAUCCAAUGCCAUUGUUCCCCAGAGGAAGGGGCAGCUGGAAGAAACCAAACUGAUAAUCCACCAGACACUUAGUGUCUUAGAAGACAUCGUGGAUAACAUCUCUGGGGAAGCCACAAAGUCCCGACAGAUCUGCUAUCAGUCGCUGCAGGAAUCUGUUCAGGUCUCGUUGGCCCUCUUCCCAGCCUUUAUCCAUCAGUCAGAUGUGACUGAUGAGAUGCUGAGUUUCUUCCUCACCCUGUUUCAGGGGCUAAGGGUACAGAUGGGAGUGCCUUUCACUGAGCAGAUCAUACAGACCUUUCUAAAUAUGUUUACCAGGGAACAGUUGGCUGAGAGCAUCCUCCACGAGGGGAGCACUGGCUGCCGGGUGGUUGAGAAGUUUCUAAAGAUCCUCCAGGUGGUGGUACAAGAACCUGGCCAAGUUUUCAAACCUUUCCUUCCAAACAUCAUCUCACUCUGCAUGGAACAGGUCUACCCCAUCAUCGCAGAGAGACCCUCCCCUGAUGUGAAGGCAGAGUUAUUUGAACUUCUUUUUCGGAUAUUACAUCACAACUGGCGGUACUUCUUCAAAUCCAACGUUCUGGCCAGCGUCCAGAGGGGAAUAGCUGAAGAACAGAUGGAAAAUGAAGCACAAUUCAGUGCCAUUAUGCAGGCAUUUGGACAGUCUUUCCUGCAGCCUGACAUACACCUUUUUAAACAAAAUCUCUUCUACCUGGAGACUCUGAAUACCAAACAGAAAUUGUAUCACAAGAAAAUCUUCCGGACGACCAUGCUGUUUCAGUUUGUGAAUGUGCUGCUUCAGGUACUGGUCCACAAGUCACACGAUCUGCUCCAGGAGGAGAUUGGCAUCGCCAUCUACAACAUGGCCUCUGUCGACUUCGACAGCUUCUACUCCGCCUUCCUCCCAGAGUUCCUGUCCGGGUGUGACGGCGUGGACUCCAACCAGAAAAACGUGUUGGGGAGGAAUUUCAAAAUGGAUCGGGACCUGCCGUCUUUUACCCAGAAUGUACACAGGCUGGUGAACGACCUGCGCUACUACAGACUUUGCAAUGACAGCCUGCCCCCCGGCACUGUGAAGCUAUAGUGUCUGCACUGGAUCCACGUUCCGUCGAUUCUUCAGAGGGAUCCGGACGCGUCCCGCCGCCACCUCCCUUCUCUCCGAACCCUGCGGUCCCGGGGACGCUCCGAGGGCACGUUAGUGGGUUCGCUGGCCACGAUCCAUCCGUCUCCCUCCCCGCCCCCUGCCCCGGCCUCGGUUCCGGUUGACUCACCGGCACCGUCUUCGGGAUGCGGCUCACCACCGGCCGGAGCGUGCGGGGGAUUUGAGGUGGAGGGAGAGUCUCGUCGUUUAGGUGUUUGGAUUUAGCACUUUCUGUGACGUCCGGAGACUUCGGCGGUCGGUCCGUAGGGAUCGCGAGCGUAUCGGUCGCGAGGCAGAAACGCCAAAGACACCUUCAAAGACAUUUGCACCUUCGCAUCAUUCCGCCUUCCCGCCCCCUCCCCCGGCUCUGUCGUCAAAGGAGAAAUGUGAUGUCGGAACUGUUUCGGCACUUCCGUCGCUCUCUCUCGAUUAAUUUUUCCGAUGCCUCGAAGCUCCCGCUCUUUGCGGAGAUUGAGAAAGACUCGUGUUUUUAGUUUUUAUUGAUUUCUCAUCAUUCCAUUGUGAUACUAAGACAACAUGCUGUAAUGGAAAUAAAGUGCUUACGUUGUUGUUUUAAAA